AUGCAGAAUUUUGACGAUCUUGAUAUCGAAGGACGUAAUCCUUCAUAUUUGUCUGAAGCAGAACAUGAAAAGGAUGAAAAUGACCGGAAAAGGUUGAUGAGAUGCAGCGUAACCGCUGAAGACAACAUUCUUCGUCCAGUAUACUCGCAGAUGGAAGAAGGCGAUAUAUGGUGUCACACAUGCAACAUCCAGCUGUUUGGGGCCCACAAGCUCCAGAGCCACAAUAACUCUUCUAGACACAAGCUCAAGUUUGAAGAAUGGCCGUACCCUGUGUCCCUGUGGUCAGACAAGGACACUAUUAAGAAACUGCAGGGCCCUCUGAGCGGAACAAUUGGAAUUCCAAACUCUCUAGCUCCUGGAGAACCAGUUCCUCCAGGCAUGGAAGACCAGAUCACUCGGACAACCACCAUCCAAAUGAGCCUGGACCGCCAUCAAAGUUCACCGCUCGUUGGUCUUGAAUAUCUGCUAGAGUUGGUUGAUAACGACUCGUGCGAACCCAGUUACACAUGUGUAUUGUGCGACAAACGCGGCGAUCCUCGAACAGUUAUGGCCCAUAUUACGAGCUAUAAUCACCGUAUUUCUUAUUUGAAUCGUCACUUUCCAACCAUAUCACGUGCGAUCGGGGAUUUACCACGGACGCUUAAUUAUAAGCGUGGCGCUAACGAAAUGUCAGUGUUGGUGGCUAAAAAAAUAGAAGAGAAGUUUGGAAGAUUGCAACCACAGCUUGUUGAUAAGGCGCAAUUUGAAAAAAACCGAGUUCAGUUUAUUAAAAAUAUAUUGUUGUUUUUUGAUGUAUAUAAAUUAAAAGUGGCUGUUUCCUACGUGCGCAGGGAAACGCCUGAGUUAACAUUUAUGGAAGUUUAUGAUGUGCGAUGGGUGACAAACUUUGAAGAGAAACUGGCUGAAAUGACUGCCGAUAAGAAAGAUGUGUCAAAAGAAGUGGAUAAAAAGGAAAAGUCAAAUAAAGAAGAUAAAAUAAUGGAAAAAGCAUUCCCUACAAAAAUAGAACCCGAUACUUCUAGAUCAUCUAUGAAAAUCCGUAUAGUAACAAAAGAAAAGCUGAUGAAGAAGCCGUCCAAAGACAAUGUUCGACCCUCUGACGACACAAAGUCCCUAUCAUCCUUAUCAAGUAUUUCCAGUAGUCCAUCUCCAUCGCGGUCGCGUUCACGCUCGCCGGGGAACCCGCGUUUCGACGCGUCAAAUCACUCAAAAAGCUCUUCCUCGAAGCACCGUUCUUACUCCUCAAAAUCGCGACACCACACCCGGGGAUCGCGUUCCCGAUCGCAUUCUAUAGAGCCCCAUCGUGAGCGCGACAAGUGGGAAAAAUAUCGCGGAUUGAUCCGUCGCACGGAAGAAAACCUAAACCGCGCAUUGGCAUUUCACGAAAAGAACCCAGAGAAGCAUCCGUCUUACCCGGAUGAAUGGAAGAAGUUCUGGAACCGGCGGUACAAAGAACUCCAGGCAGAAGGUAAAGAUCCAUCGAAGCACGACUUCAAGCCCGAGUGGAUUGAGUUUUGGAACAAGCGAAUGCGGGAGCUGCAUAAUGAGCAGCUUUCUUCCCGCAAAGAAGACAUUCGCAAGCAGCUGGAUCUGCCUGAGGACAAACCUCCGGAGCAACCGAUCAAGUGGAGUUCCAGCACCAAGAGGAAUAGCAAAGAAGAUCGACUGCCGUCUCCUCCUCCUCCGGUGGCCAAAAAGACCCGGUUGCUGGAUAGCGAUGAUGAUGAUGUUGAGUACGUUGGUACCAAGACUAUUAAACCAGAACCCAAGGUUAGGACCGCUGGAGAGUACCGGGAACAACGGGAACGCGAACGUGAGCGAGAUCGCCAUCAUGAGCAUGCUCGCGAAAUGGUCCGCGAACGCGAUUACUCUUACUUGUAUGCACGUGAUAAACCACCCUACCGACCUUAUUACCAAGCGACUCCCAGACCAGUGAUUCACCCCAGAGUGCGGCAUUAUGCUCCCUAUCCAUUCAAAGAAAAGUCCGCGAGUCCGCCGGCCCAGAACUUGGAAGCUUUAAAGGAAGAUCUGGAGAUCAUUGGGCUCCUGAGAUUGCUAUCAGCUAUUGAGCAGCAGUUGGGUUCCAUGGGACCGAAAGUGGUCGAACUGCUGAAACGAGCUCUUGCUCUGGAGAAAGCAAAGCCCAAUUCCGCGGAAGAGUUACUGCUUGAUGAGGAAGUAAGUGUUUUCUUCGAAGCUGUGAAAGAAAAACUAAAGGGCCAGUUGUUCGCGGGGAUGAUUGAAAAGAAAGCGAUUCCUGCUACCAAGUCCGCUGUGCAGAAUAUUGCCCAACUGCUCCACAAAGCGGAGGAAGACAAGAAAAAGAAAGAGGAAGAGGAAGAGAAACGCAAGAAACAGACUGAAGAAAUAGCACGUUCCUUGGCUUCUUUCUCGCGGUCUGCUUUUCUUACACGCAGUUCUGAUGUUAGCUCGAUGAUGAAGUCCGAGCCUGUUAGUGUUCCGGGUGUAGGUGCUGUUAAUAAGGUUGCCAUUGCUCAGCAGAUUGCUGCUGCGUUGGUGGCUCAAGGGAGGAUCAAUGUCUCCCAAGAUGAAUUAGAGACUCUGAUAAACGCAGUCGUUGGAAUGGCUGAAGCUUCGCAGCACAGCGACAAGCCGAUCACUGCUGCUAGCUUUGUAAAAAGUUUGACUGCUACUGAAGCCCCAGCAGCUCCAGCUCUCACUCCAACUCCAGUAACUCCAGCAGCUCCAGUAGCUCCAGCGCCAGCUCCAGCUCCAGCUCCAGCUCCAGUUGAGGAGAAGAAACCAGAAUUAGCUUCGGUGGAAACUGUUGAAACUCACGCUGCUAGGAUGGAAAAUCUCACGGACAAUGACCUUAAAGACCUUCUGCAGAACUUUAAUGAUCUAGGAACUGAUAAGCAGCACGGGUUAAUAAAUUUCUUGAAAAAGUUAGAAGCCAGUGAUCCUGCUAGAGUUGAAAAGCUUCGUGGGUAUGUAAAUUUAGGCAGCUCUGGAGGCUCCGUUCGCGAUGACUCUCCAAGGGAUGAUGAGCCUAUUAGUAAAGGACGCAGUCCUUCACCAUUUGCUUCCCGCAAAGGCGCUCACAAUCCCUCAGAUGAUGACCACUUUAAGUGGAAACCGAAGAUAGACAUGUUUUCUGAUGAUGAAGAGGAUCGCAGACGUAAAGACGAUGAGAGAUCCAAAAAAAUUGACCUCUCUGAUGACGACGAUGAUUAUACUUUCGAAGACAUUUACAAGGCAGCUGACAAAAAUGUCCUGGAAAGCGAAAAAGCUAAAAGACACUCUGACUCUGUAGCACGUUCCUGGUCCCGAUCUAGGUCCCGGUCCCCGUUGUCGCGCAAGGAAAAGUCUAACGAUACUAUCCUCAGUGAAACCAAGCGGCUGAUAGACAAUAUUAUGGGUGGGCUUCCUAAUAAGUAUGUAGUCAAGUCCCACAUGCAGAGAGAACGCUCCCCAGUUAAUUCUGACAUCCUGCCCCCCGGGUCUACUAAUGUAACCAUUCCACCGCAGAACUACCCACCGUUCAACCCACCCAAUCAGUCUCUCCCUCCGGUGCACCAACCUGCUCAACUCCACCAACCUAGCCACCAGGUUAACUACAACCUACCCAACCAGCAGAACCCCUACCCUCAAAAUUACUCCCAGCAGAACUAUCCUAACUCGGCCUACAUGACCAACAACGUCCAGCCGAUGUCAAACAUGAACAACGGAUACAACCAGCCGUACAACCAACCCUACUCUGGGAAUAAUAUGGCUCCUAACCAAAACCAGUACGGGCCUCCGCAGAACCAGUACCCCCAGUCUCAGCCCCAGUCCCAACAGAUGUACGGCGGCCCUCCGAUCCAGUACGGCUCGGGACCUUCCGCUCCUGGACCGAUUGGCUACCCUCAGCCAAACACUAAUCAAAGAAAAUACAUUACUAAUUGGACAGACGAUGUUAUCUUUAAAAGUUUUUCAAUUGCGGUUGACAAUGAUGUGUGUUGUGAAGAUGAUGAUGCUUACUACAAUGAAUAUCGUAAACGAUCAUCAAAAACAUUUUAUAAAAACAGAAUAAUGAUAACUUGUGAGACAAUUUGGUAUGGUUUUAAUGAUGACUUAUUGAGUGCCAGAAUAAAUAAAAAUAUGGAAACUUAUUUGAAAAAUGUCGAAUUUAGUGACGUAAAAAUUCGAGUGAAAAACAAUGAAGAAUUUCCGGCUCAUAAAGUCGUUUUAGCUUCCAACAGUUCUGUAUUUAAGAACAUGUUAACAACAGACAUGAAAGAAUCGAAGGAAAAUUGUAUCAAUUUUCCAGAAUUAGAUUCUGAUACUGUUAACAAAUUGCUUCACUUCUUAUAUCAUGGUAAAUUGGAUAAAGCUAGUGAUAACAGCGCUAUUUUAUUGGAAUUAGUAAAAGCUGCUGAUAUGUAUUUGAUAUCUGACUUAAAACGUGUCUGUGACGCAUUUUUGAGUAGACUUUUAUCAUCUGAGAAUGUUUUCUUACUAUUGGAAAUAUCCAGGACUAUUAAUUUACCAAUUGUACGCCAACAAUCUUUGAUUUUUAUCGCCAAUCAUGUGGAUGUAUUAUUCGAGGAAGAAAUGUAG